GAGUCCAGGAUGUGGACUUGAAACUCUGAGAUUGAUGGACUGUGGUUUGUCAGAGAUCAGCUGUGAUUAUCUGGCAGCAGCGCUGAAGUCCAACCCCUCCCAUCUGAGAGAGCUGGACCUGAGUAGUGGCUACUCCAUGUCUUCCACUAAGAACAACAACAAGCUGCAGGGUUCAGGAGUGAAGCAUCUGUGUGGUUUCCUGGAGAGUCCAGGAUGUAAACUUGAAACUCUGAGAUUGGAGAGCUGUGGUUUGUCAAAGGUCAGCUGUGAUUAUCUGGCAGCAGCGCUGAAGUCCAACCCCUCCCAUCUGAGAGCGCUGGAGCUGCAAUCAAACAAGCUGAAGAAUCCAAAUGUGAAGCAGCUGUCUGAUCUUCAGCAGAGUCCAGACUACAGACUGGAGUGGCUGGUGUGGGACUGAUGAUGUUAAACAGGACGGUGUGUGUGCUGAGAGAGGAGGAGCUGUGUCCUGAUGAUCCAGAGAGGUUGAAGCAGCAGCAGCUUGUGUGUAGAGACGCUCUGACUGGGCCAUGUUACUGGGAGGUGGAGUGGA